GUGUGUGUGUGUGUGUGAGGGGAAGACAUCAUUACACACAGUCAGGGCAACAACGGAAGAGCAAACCACUCUUUUCUGCUUAUGUGGACAGGUCUCCCUUUCUGUUGCAACUGUGCAGCUCAGUGUGGAGGCACUCCAUGCAGCUCAAGGUCAGUAAGAUCCAGCAGCAGCCUGUCCUGUCUGGAUCUCGGGACUUGCACAGGCAGGUUGGCAUUCGUUUCCCUGUUGUAGCUCCCAGCCAGGAACGCUGUGCAGGCCUGUAGGACUCUAAAGAGGAUGUAAGGCCCGGACUACUGACGGCGUCGCUUCUCCCAGCCUGAUCCUGUGUCGGAGGAGAAGGGAAUGGGCCCAACCUCACUGCAGGAGGAGAGAGAGCCGGAGAAAGAGUCCAAAAGGGAGAUGGAGGGCUACCGCUGCCUUCUGCAGGCGGGCUCCCAACUGGAGAGCACUCUGCAGCAGGUGACUGUCCCUUUAAGCUUGAAGGAGGUGAGAGGCUACAUAGAGAAACAGGUGGCAUACCUGUCAGGGGGCCGUGGGGAAGACUCCAGUGUCAUCAUCACCCUCCCGGAGUGCUCAGCUUUCAGUGACAUUCCAGAGGAAGCUUUAGCCAAAGUCUUUACAUACCUCACUCUCAUCCCUCGAGCGAGGCAACCCGGAGUAAAAUUUAUCAUCAUUUUAGACCGAAGAUUGGAUACAUGGGCCUCAAUCAAAACUGCACUUGCCAGGAUAGCAGCCUCUUUUCCUGGGAACCUCCACCUGGUCUUGGUGCUCCGACCCACCAGCUUCUUCCACCGCACUGUUACUGAUAUUGGCUUUCGCUUCAGCCAAGAGGACUUCAUGCUCAAGAUGCCAGUGGUGAUGCUGAGCUCUGUCACCGACCUGCUGCGCUACAUUGAUGAGAACCAGCUUACUUCAGAGUUUGGAGGAACUUUGGACUAUUGUCACAGCGACUGGAUUGUUUUACGAACAGCUAUUGAAAGUUUUGCAGUCACAGUCAAAGACAUUGCACAGAUGUUACAGGGGUUCGGCACUGAGCUGGCGGAGACAGAGCUUUGUGAUGAGGGGAAAGCCAUCGAGUAUCUCCUUGAGUCCCACACUGACAAGUACAGGAAACUCAAGGAUGCAAUUAGAUCCGUGUCGAAGGAAGGUCGUCAUCUUCUCACAAGCUUGGAGACCUCCGGAAAGGAGGAUGACUCCCAGUGGGAUGUGAGGCUGGACUGGGAGACGGUACAGAGGCUUCUUGCUCAGCUCAGAGACAUGGAGUCAGCCUUCGAUGGUUUCUUUGAGAAGCAUCAUCUGAAACUCCAUCAGUACCUGCAGUUGCUUAGAUACGAACAAAGCUUUCAGGAGAUGGAGUUGUGUCUGGAGCAUCUGGUGGGUCAAGAGAGGGAGCUCUCCAUAUCUGUGGAUACUCUGGCUCAAACAGAACAGGCUCUCAAAAGGUUGGACAGUCUGGAAUCAAAUGCACAGGAGGUGAUGUCUCGAGCUCAGAUCAUCAUCCUUCACGGACACCAGCUGUCAGCCGGUCACCACUACGCCAUGGCUCUUAUAAUGCAGCGCUGCAACGAGCUUCGCCACUACUGUGAUUCACUCAAUGCUGCUCUCAAGACCAAACACACUCGACUUCUGCAAACACACCAGCUGUUGCUUUGUCUUGGACAGGCUCAAACUUGGUGUGACGAUGGAGCGUAUCUGCUGGCCAAUCAGCUGGUAGAUAAGUACCAGUCUAAAGAGGGGGCCCAGGCUGCUUUGAGGGACAUUGAGAGGUUCCUUGAGGGGGCGCCAUCCAUGCUGAGCUCAGGACCUGAUAUCCUGGCCAUCGAGUACGAAGCUGUCAUCACACCUCAGCUGCAGGCCCAUAUAGGGAAAACAUUUGCGAAGCAUACAGCGGUGCAGCAGAUGAUCCAGAGCCGUCAGGCUUGUCUAAGGAAGCUGGCUGAUAAACAUGUACGACCCAUCCAACUGGUGACCCCAAGGGCUGAAAACCCACCUCGCUCCAAGUCCCCGCUCUUCUCCCCCAAACAUGGUGAUGGUUUGAAGUUCACCUUCGACCUCUCUCUGCCCGGGAAGAGAGCGUCCCGAAAGAGCCCCAACUCUAGAAAAAUCGAGGUGAUGCACGACUACCAGGAGAGCCGGAGCUGCGUGUCCUACGUUCUGGAUGGAGAGGACAGCCCUGAAGUCUUGAAGCGUCAUGUGAUGAGGGAACUAAUAGAGACAGAGAGGAUCUAUGUGGAGGAGCUGCUGUCAGUUUUGCUGGGAUACAGGGCUGAGAUGGACAAUCCAGCACAGUCGGGGCUUCUGCCUCCGAUCCUGCGCAGCAAGAGGGACAUCCUCUUUGGAAACAUGCCUGAGAUCUAUAACUUUCACAGCAGGGUUUUCCUUCAGGACCUGGAGGGAUGCCUGGAGGCUCCUGAAAGUGUGGGAGCCUGUUUUCUGGAGCGGAAAGAGAGUUUCCAAAUGUAUGAAUGCUACUGUCAGAAUAAGCCACGCUCUGAGGCGCUGUGGAGACAAUUCUCAGACUGCGGCUUCUUUCAGGAGUGUCAGAAAAAGCUGGAGCACAAACUGGGCCUGGAUUCCUACCUUUUGAAACCAGUCCAACGCCUCACCAAGUACCAGCUGCUGCUUAAGGAACUUCUCAAAUACAGUACAGAUUGCGAGGGGUCUUCAGAACUGCAGGGUGCACUGACUGCAAUGCUGGACCUGCUCAAAUCAGUCAAUGACUCCAUGCAUCAGAUAGCCAUCACGGGAUAUGAGGGUGACAUUUGCGAGCUGGGCCGCGUGUUGAUGCAGGGCUCCUUCAGCGUGUGGAUCAGCCAUAAGAAAGGUCCCACGCGCAUGAAGGAGCUGGCUCGAUUCAAGCCGAUGCAGAGACACCUCUUCUUGUACGAGAGAGCUCUGCUCUUCUGCAAACGGAGGGAGGAGCACGGAGACGGCAGCGACAAGACGCCCUCGUACAGCUUCAAGCACUGUCUGAAGAUGACAGCUGUGGGGAUCACAGAGAACGUCAAGGGAGAUGUGAAGAAGUUUGAGAUCUGGUACAGUGGCAGGGAGGAAGUGUAUGAGGUUCAGGCUCCCUCAGUGGAGGUGAAGAUGGCCUGGCUCAACGAGCUUCGCAGAAUCCUGACGAACCAGCAGAAGCUGCUUAGAGAUGAAGCAUAUCAACACGGCCAAAUGAUUGGACACAUGCAGCUUCCUCCACCACUCUCCGAGAGCAAACAGCAGAGGGCGUCAGUGAGCUCAGACGACACUGAGUCGGGGAGGAGCAGUCCAGACCCCCAGGCUCACUCCCCUAAACACCAGCACAACCGCAAGAGUUGGCCCGGAGCUCAUCACUCGGUAGACAUCUGCGAGGGUCUGGAGGAGUGGUCUGGAGGUCGGGAGGCCUUCCACCCAUCUGACACAGAGGAGGAGGUUUUGGUGCAACUGUCUCCAGGUAGAUACAAGUCUCUGGCUGACUGCCUUCAAAAUGGACCAGACAGCAUCACCAUCAAAUGUGGAGACGUCAUUCAACUGCAGUUUGAAGACAACAAGGGACGCUGGCUGGUAAAGAACCUGAGCAGGCGACAGGAGGGCUUCAUAGCAGUUUCCAGCCUGCAGAUGAUUCUAGUCGACAGCAGUCGAGGACACACAUCCAGACUACGGGACCCAGUGAACCUGAAGGCGAGAAAGCUCAGCUCCCCGUAGAGAAGAAAGCACAGAAUUUGAAUCUGACAUUUGACGAUGAAGAGACAGAAGGAACAAGUUGAGCCAUAGCCGUCUCAUAACCGAUCAGCCGACCACGCCUCACUCCCCGGUCACGUCUGCUUUCUCCAGCACAGAUCAAUCAUUGAAGAGAAAAAUGUGGGAAUCUACAGACCUGAUUUUCUUCCAGCUUACGUUGGACAAUCUACUGGUUCAGUGCUUUGAGAUAGUGAAGAUGUGAAGUGGCACCAGUGCAAAGGCUCAGGACCUGUUUAGCCCCGUUAGACAAUCAAAAGCUGAAUCUUGCAUCUUGACUGGUCAUCCUCUUCUCUGAUGGGUGAGGAGAAUCCAUCUGUAACACACAUACAGUCAGGAUGUGAGAUUGCUGCUUCAGCAGUUUGUCAAUUCACAAUCUGUGGACCCUUCCUCAUUCCAAACAGUAUUCCAGAUGCUAGUAUCUCAGAGUGUGUGUUCCUGUUUGUCUCAGUGUGUGCUGGAUGGAUGGGAGCCCAGGAUUUGCCUGAAACAUUUCUUAAAGCAGAGACUUUUGUACAUAUACAUACAUUUUAACAUUUGUUGUACCUUUAGUGUUUCAUCUUUGUGUAGUUAGUUGACAUUUGUCCAUUGAAUUACUUCAUUGUAUUUUUCUUAAAUUACAUUUUUCCCGAAGGCAACACUCUUCUGUGCAGUCUAGGAGUUAGAAUGCCAAAAUGUGCCAUGCCAUAAUGCCUUUUUUAUUCCUGCUCUUUUAGAGUCUCUUGUAUGUACUGUUUGCAAAAUCAACUGCUCUGUUAUUGCUUCAACCUGACCUCACAAAUAUUCAAAAGGCACUUUAAAAAUGGUGGAUGGACCUAAAUCCACCUACUGUCUACUGAAUGUGUGCUCUUCUUGCUGCUUUACCUCCGUCAUUGUGUAUUUUCUCUUACUCAUGCUGCUAUUUCUUUGUGUGAAGAGAUGCAGGCAGCAGCAGACAUGUCAUAGUAACGACAGUAAUGUAGGACACAUGAUAAAGAUUGAUGUCAGAGUAUUCCUCAGUGUGUGCCGCAGCAUCGAGGAGGGAGAGCGAGGCAGAGCAGAAGACAGAGAGAUUAUGCCGCGUUCCCCUCUAUCACAGAGGCAGAUUGUUUUCUCCUCACCAGUACAGCGCAGUUAAUCUCGGGUUCCCCAUUAAAAGGGAUCAUACAACCGACAUGAAAUGUACCCUCUGUGUUGAACGCCUAAUUAAAUAUUGAUUGCAGACUUAUAUGAAUUUACCACAUCAAAUCGAGACCCAGUCAGAGGGCUGCCUUUGAGUCACUAUGUUUGAUAUGCAAAUGAGUGUAGGAAGCAGCAGGGGGCUGCUUCGUUGUUCAUUUAUUUAUUUUACUGUCAUGUUGUUCCUUCAUAUUGUGAGGUAUCUGUGCAGCUCCCAAUGAAAUUACAUUUCCAUAUAUUUAAAAGGAGCUAAGCUAGGCUGCGCACCAAAAACGCAUUUUAUUUCUUUUUAGCUUAUUUGACUAAAUCAGAUCGUUUCUUUGUAACUUUAAUCCAAAAUGCUGCAGAAUUUGCACAGAUUUUCCAGAUUGGAAAACAAAACAAUAUGAUUUACCCUGAUGAGCCGAGUAACCUGAGCUUGCUGAAUGUUUCUUUAAGGUGAAAAUGCAUGGCAGCUGAACACUGAGCAGCUCUGUACUGUUAGACAGUCACUGUUCUAAACUGGCUCGCUUUUGUAAAGCUUCAGCUCUGUAAAAAAUAAUUAUUCAUUGCAAUAAUUGUUUUGGUAAUUGAAAUAAUUCAGUACUUGUUUCACAUGGUUUUACACAGUGAAAUGUUUGACUGAACACUAAGACUGUGCUUUUUCAUGCACGCUUAUUUCUGUAUUUUUGUUUUAAUGGAAGCUGACUUAUAUAAUAAAGCCAUGCAGAUUUUCUCUG